CACAACAGCGUACCACUCCGUGGCAUACCGCGCAGGUCCCCUGCGUGUGGCCUCGUGAGACUAGCUCACCAAAAUGGCCACGUCCAGUGAAGGAAACUUUGAGGGCGAUAUAGAGUCAGUGGACCUUGCAGAAUUUGCUAAGCAGCAGCCAUGGUGGCGUAAGCUGUUCGGGCCAGAAUGUGGACUUUCAGCCGAAAAGUAUAGCGUGGCAACCCAGCUGUUCAUUGGAGGUGUCACUGGAUGGUGCACGGGUUUCAUAUUCCAGAAGGUUGGAAAGUUGGCUGCAACAGCUGUGGGAGGUGGAUUUUUUCUCCUUCAACUUGCAAACCAUUCUGGGUACAUCAAAGUUGAUUGGCAACGAGUGGAGAAGGACAUGAAGAAAGCCAAAGAGCAGCUGAAGAUCCGUAAGAGCAAUCAGAUACCUACCGAGGUCAGGAGCAAAGCUGAGGAGGUGGUGUCAUUUGUGAAGAAGAAUCUUCUAGUGACUGGAGGAUUUUUCGGAGGCUUUCUGCUUGGCAUGGCAUCCUGAGGAAGAUAACCUCAUUUUCAUUGUUCCUGGUUUUUUUCAGCCAGCAGCCUCUACACUCCAUCAUAGGACACUGAGUCCCUCCUCCUCUUCUCCCAUGCCUUCCUCCCUGCUGUGGCAAAUCCAAGUGGCUUCUAUAAGCAUCUGUUGGUACAAGUUAAUGUGGCACCAUAAGCUUGAUGGUUGCAGAAGAGACAAUAGUCCUUAGCGCUCCUUCCAGUACACCCCCUACUUGGUCAGUCUGUAGGUCAGCAAGAAGGUUCUUCUACCUCCAUGCAAGACACUUAGGAGAACACAUUGCAAGAUGGCUGACUAUGGAGGAUGAGUGGAUCCUGAAAGGUUGUCCCAAACUGUUGAUUUGAAAAAGAAAUAAGCACAUGGAUUACCUUAUUAUGUGCUGCAUGGAAAGGAACUGAAUACAAUUGCCUUUAAGCAUUAAAAAAAAAA